AUGGCGCCCGUCCUGGUCUACAUUGGCUGGGCUGUUGGCCUGUUGUUUUCAUUCAUCAUUGUCCGCGCGGUGUAUCGAAUCACAUUGCACCCACUUGCCAAGUUCCCCGGCCCAAAGCUGGCGGGGAUGACUUCGCUGUACCAGGCGUGGUAUGAUCUGAGGGCGUCGACGUCGUACAUCAAGCAGUUUCACGGGUUGCAUGAGCGAUAUGGCCCCAUUGUGCGCAUCACCCCGAAUCAACUGCACAUAUUCGACAUGACCGCGUACAACGAGAUCUUCAAGGUUGGAACGCGCUGGGCCCGCCACCGAGACAACUACAACCAAGAAGCUGCCGACGGGUUCUUCAACGUCCUCGACCCCAAAGCCGCCAAACCGUGGCGAGACACGUACCAGCCGUACUUCGCCAAGGGGGCCAUCGUGCGCCUGGAGCCCGUGAUCCACGACCGCAUCCGCAAAUUCCUCUCGGUGCUCGAGGCAGCGUCCGCGACUGGAACGCCCGUGGAUCUGAGCAUGGGCUACCGAAGUUUGACCAGCGAUGUGGUGGCCAGCUACAUGUUUGCGGAUAACGGGUUCGAGUUGCUCGACGUCGAGGGCUUCCGGUCCCCGAUCUUGGUGGCCCUGGAGGAAUUCUUUGAGUUCACGCAGUGGGCGAUGUACUUUCACAACUUCAUGGGGUGGCUGGCACGCCAGCUCCAGAGGCUCACCAAGGAACAGACCGAGAAGUUCAUGCCGGCGUUGGCGGCGACCAAUUGGAUCACCGAGCAAUGCGGCAUCAAAGUCAAGAGAAUCAUGCAAGAGGGCGGGUCUGGGAGUUCGUACCCGACCGUCUUCGAUGCAUGGGCGAAGCCGAAUGAGAAACGGACCUUCACCCCGACCCUCAGGCAGCUCACCGCCGACGCAUUCACCUUUCACGGCGCCGGGACCGACACCACCGCGCACGCUCUCACGACGGCUACGUGGGGUCUGAUCAACAACAAUGAGUCCCGGAAGAAGCUACGCGCCGAGUUGAAGGCUGCGAUCCCGAACCCCAAUAGUGAGCAUCUGGUCAGCUCGAUUGUGCUUGAGAAUCUGCCCUAUCUUCGUGCGGUAGUCAAGGAGAGCUUGAGGAUGAGCAUGGGAGUUCCCGGGAGGAUGGGACGAGUCGUGCCCGAAGGAGGCGCCGUGCUCUGCCAGCAACAGAUUCCCGCAGGGACCGGAGUCACCAGCGUCUGCUACUGCUACCACUUCGACCCGACGCACUUUCCGGCGCCGAACGAGUUCCGCCCGGAGCGCUGGCUGGGCCCUGACAGCGCGCAAUUGGAGACGCGGCUGAUCGCCUUCUCGCGCGGGCCGCGGUCGUGCAUCGGCAUCAACCUGGCCUACGCCGAGCUGUACCUGAACCUGGCCUACGUGUUUCGCAAGUUCGACCUGGCGGCGUUUGAGACCACGGCGCGCGACAUGGAGUGGAAGGAUAACUUUGUCGUCAUGACCAAGGGACAUUUGCGGGUCACGUUGACGAAGGUGGUUGAUGAUGGGGACGAUGGGAUGAAUGAAUGA